GCAGAAGCACCUGUUGCGCAGCUACCUGUUUUACUCGAUCCAUGGGGCCGUUCUCUCUUUUCUCUUUCUCUUACUACUUCUUCUCUUUCUCUUUAGUAUCGUGCACGGUGUCACGGCAGUAGGACGGUCUCCGAUCGCGGUGCUGAUUCUUCGGUAAAGGGCAACGACUCACGAAGUGAAAAUAAUGUCUUCUUGUGCACAUCGAACGGAAUCGCGGUGAACAGUGUGAAGCCUAGUCUGUUCAAAGGUUUAGGACGGAUAUUUCUUGAAGAAGAAACGUGAGUACGCUGCAGCAGCCAGGUUGGAAAUGUAUCGAAGGAGAGUUUAAGAAGGAGCAAUGGAGGACGAGCCACGGGAUACCUGUUUUGGGGCAGGAAAUGUGGCAGGGGCUGUAAUCGGUACUUUCCUUACAACAAUUCUCCUGCUGCUGGUUGCUGCGCUCCUUUACAGACAGUGGCGUAGGCACAAGGGAAAACACUUAGUACUGGUGACUGAUCCAGAAAUCGUCGAAGAAGCCUAUGCCUUUGACAAUCCCUGUUUCAAGGAUGUCACGAUAUCGUCAAGUAACCGAAUUCGAGAUGUACCGGUGUCUCUGACACCUGGAGACACUUCAAGCAAAGAUUCUACACGAUGGUCUACCUCCUGGACAUCCUUAGGACUGGGCUCGACUAACCGCACCGAUAAACGAAAAACUCUGGACGAUUCGUGCCUUGGACCGAAAGCAACAAGGAUCAAUAUAGUUAGCUUAAAAAGCCGAGAUUUCACAGGGCUGGGAUUUAAUAUUUGCGGCAAUAUGAGAGAAGGAAUCUUUGUUAAAGAUCUUCUACAUCGUGGACCUGCAUCGGAAUCCGGUCGAAUACAUCCAGGUGAUCGUAUAGCUAGUGUAAAAAUCAGUUUUCGGAAUAUGGUCUACGAGGAUGCCUUAACGAUUUUAAGUUAUGCUUCGCCAUACGACGUAAAGCUUGAAGUAGAAAGCGGUGGAAUUGGAUCGAAGCCAACCACACUUUUGAAAAAAAGUGUUGGUCCUAGCGCGGCAAGAAUUUGUCAUCCUUUAUACAGGAGUCAAUCAAUUCCAGAACUCUCACAAUCGAAGAGUAUUGCGAAGAGACUCUUCAUAGUUGAUCCGAACGACUCUAUCAAUUCUAACUAUUCGACGAUGAAUUCGACUUUGAAAUCCACAAAAUCCACACCAAAUAGUCAAAUAUUUGAAAAAUGUCACGACGAGUCCAAGGGCAAUCACUAUAAAUUUGGUAUUAAAGUUUUACCCUCCCUUGAUGGAACUGUUCAUCGCAUUGAAAAUCAAAAUGAACAUAACACAAAUCUUGAAAGAAAACAUUCAAAGAAACUCGAUACAGAGAAACAUUUGUCAAAUAUGAACGAAGCUACCAGAGUUGGUGACAAAAAGGAAGAAGCUCAAUGUCAGCAAACGUCACAAGUAUUGCAAGUUUCUAAGGGGAAAAAUGAUACCUUCGAACUGCAUAACGAUACAUUAAAUAAAAGCAGCAAACUUAGUGAUACGUCGAUUCAUGUACCAUCCGAAGUACCAACAGAAGUUCAUAACGCAGCUAUGGCCGCUCGUAGAAACCGAAAAAAUAGUUCUGAGCUAUUAAAUAUAUCAAAAAAUAUAGAUUCCAUCGAGGUAGAGGAUUCCAAAAAUCAGCAAAAGAAUAAAAGGAAAGCUCCACCGCCACCAAAAAGCAAUAAUUACGAUAUCGAAUGUACUUCUACUAUGAAGAAAGAUUCGUUGACUACGAAAGAAUACGAUUUGAGAAAAGAAGAUGAAAUCAAUAGUAUUACUGAUUAUACGGAUUCUUUAUCUGAAUAUAUAAAGAAAGUACGCGAAACUACAGAAAGAAUAGAUCCACGUGUAGAAGAAAAAGUAGAAACUUUGAUAAUUGAUGGAAGACACUCUGAAUCUGACACUGACAGCGAAAUUCAAAACAGUUUUACGACUAUCGAAUUGAACUCGGCUGAUAUUACCAUUCAUCGGACACCUGUACCGGAGACAAAUAACGACGAAGAUGAAGAAGACGAUGUUUACAGAAAAGCUGCGAGCUUAGGUGAUCUAUCAAAGUACGAAUGCAGAACGUCGGCAACACUUGAAAGAGCACAAAGUCUGGACAUGACUGAUACCGGCACGAAGAAACGUAAAGCACCUCUACCACCGGAGGAUAUUAAUGAAUCUACGGAAGAUUUAACUAAGCUUGAUCAAAUGGAUACUUUUGAUAGAAGAUUAUUGAAAAAAUCGAAUGAAUGGGGUAAUUUAGAAGAUGUUGUAUGGCGUAAAAAACAGGAUUCGGAAGAUAAGUCGAAAAAAUCAAAAAUUAGAAAAAAGAGUAAUGGUUCGCUCGAACGAUCUAAGUCUUCUAUAGAAAUUAAGUUAAAAGAUGAAACUUCUGACUCGAAAGAACUAAAUCCUACAGACGACGAAACUAGUAUCGAACUUUAUAAUCUUCCCUUGAGCAAAAGACUUACAGAAGAAUUUAUUCAUGCAGAACGAAUGUUCAAUCCAGAUGAAGAUAAUUCUCUGAUCAGAAUUGUUAAUGAUGGAAAUGUUAUUAAAAGUCCUACGGUUGAAGAAGUAGAAUUACAAUUUAAAAAGGAAAUCUCAUUACCCGAUGAUUUUAACAAUGAUAGUAUGAUAAUAAAUGAACAAUUUUCGGACCAUGAUGAAAAAAUAGUGAAUAAAGAUUUCGAGAAAGCUUUGAAACAUUUUGAAACAUAUGUACAAAAGCCGACAUUAUUAGAUUCCUCUAAACAUGACUUAUUUCGUUUCAAAAACUGGAAGGAAGACAGUUCAUUAACGUCGAAUGAAAUGAUUUCAUAUGCCGGUAAAAAAUCUGUCAAUGAAGAACCAGUGACAAAAAUUAAUAUUAAGAGAGGAUGUCACGCAUGCGAUGAGAACUGUAAUCGUCAUGAAACCUGCAAGAAAAAAUCAUUUACAAAAAGAUCAUCAACCCCAAUACCUUUACAAGACUAUUCUCCCAAUUCAAUGGAAGGUAGUAGUUCCAAUUCGAUAACAAUUAACGACGAAAAGGAACAAAUCUCGAUAUCCCAUAUCCAUGGAUCGACGUUUAAAGAUAAAGAAAGUAGAAGCGAAAAGUCAUCACUAAAUUCGAACACGUCGUCAAAACGAGUAAUUGGAGUCCCCAUAAAUCAAAGAAUCGAUCGAGAAAAUGAUGAAGACGAAGACGAAGACGAAUACGAAUUCGGUUCUGGUGUAACUAUAAAUAACAAAAACUUAUUUGAUCGUGAGGAUCGUCGUAACAUUAACAAUAUCAGUGUUUCGAGUGGUGAAAACAGUGAAGAUAGCGGGCUAGUUGGUGAAUCAAUGGAUUAUAAUCCACAAGACUUUGAUAAUCGACCACCACUCCCAGAUACGCCAAUGCCACAAAAAACGACUUAUAUUACGGAAAUCAAACUUUCUACUAAUAGAGAGGAAUUUCAAGAAGAUGACAACGAGAGCAGUGAAACACUUUCCACAGUGGAAAGUAAGGGUAAGAAACCGAUGCAAAACGAAAUCAAAACAACUUCAAAUGGAAAACCUACAACUAAUAAAAAGCCUCCCGUUCCUCCCAGAAGAACAGACAUUACGAAAUCUAAUAAAAAAGGAAAUACAGAAAAACAAGUUAUUUAUGUAACCGAAUAUAAAUCUAAUGAAUCAAAAGAUUCAGAUGGUUCAGACGCGUCUCAUGAAAUCAAACAACCAGAUAAUUGGUCCGCAGAGACAUGAUCGAUAAAUUAUUUUAGGGAAUAAAAAAUAAAAUCGGACAUAAGAAUAAAGUAUUAGCGAAUUACACAAUAAUCAAUAAUGUUUUCGUGGGUUUAGAUUGAAAGUAAUAAAUACAUAUUAUAAACUGAAGGAGCAAUUCUAAACAUUGCAAAUUAUUAGCAAUAUUUUUUCUACUAACCAUUUUUUUUUUUUUUUUUUUUUUU